AUGAAAGAUGCACUUCAUGGGUGAAAGAUAAUGAUCUUCAAGAUUCAGAAACUGGGAAUCAGUAUAGCUGAGCGCUUUUCCAUGUGCUGAAUAUUCUCACUUGCACUGGAUAUGGUGGAUUCAUGCUUGAGGCAAACGAUUCUGAAAGAAUUUGGACCAUUUUUUUACUUUCUUCAGAGAUAUGAUGAAUGCUGUCAUUUUUGGGCUGAUGGCAACUGCGGUUGCCGCUCCUCAAUCUGAUUUGAAGUAUUACAUAGAGAAGCUGAAAUCUCCAAUGUGUGUGGCUAG